CUUCCCUUCUUUCCCUUCUAUAAAAGGACCAGCUGCUGCUUCCUCCUUCCUCAUGCUGAACUUUCUCAUCUUUCCAUCAUUGUUCUCUUGCUGGGACAUCCUUCUCUCAGUUUACUCAUCCAAUUCUCCCAAACCCAGAAAACUAACCGAGCAAAAUGAAGAUCAAAGCUACCAAGUUCUUGAAACAGGUCUGGGCCAUAAUGGGUGAAGCCCUCAAGUCCAAAACUGGUGCAGUGAAGAGCAAAGCAAGUGCACUCCGCACACGUUUGAUAGUUCUCAGCCUGCUGAGGAACAAGAAGUUUCUUCUCAGCACAAUUUCUCAUAAGUUCCAAGCUCUGCUUCGUCAUGAGAAGGCGGAGACAGGCCAUGCUAGCUCAAAUAUCUCUCACAAGAUCCACGCUCUGUUUGGUAAUGGCAAAGCAGAGGCUGGUCAUAUCAGCACAAUCUCUCACAAGAUCCAUGCGCUGCUGGGUCAUCCGAAGGCAGAGACAGGUGAUGGUAGUAAAGCCAUUGUAGUCUAUAAUCCCAUUUUGGCAGAGAUGCAGAUGGAGCAGUACUGCUGCGACGACUUGGUCGAUGAGGAAGACGAAGAGGAGGAUGAAAGUGAUGACUACCCCGAUCUUACUCACUGCCUCUUCGACUCCGAGGACCUCGAGCUUGAUAACCAGAACUUAUCUGUGGUCGACAUCGUGAAGCAGUCCACCAAUUCCGAAAACUUCGUGCUAGAAGAAGAGAUCGACCGUGUAGCUGAUCUCUUCAUUAAGAGGUUCCACCGGCAGAUGCAGAUGCAAAAGCAGCAGUCCUUUAAGAGGUACCAAGAGAUGCUUAACCAGAGCGCCUAGGUGCAGAAGGAGACUCUUUCUCUCUCAAGAAGCUAAGCUCCAGCCGAAGGACCUCAUUGGUUUUUAGAGCUCAGACGAGCCUGAAACGUCCUGUUUGAGCUCUGGUGAUGGACACUUUGAAAGCAAAUACUUCUGUACAGCCACAAGGAGAAAUAGAAAAUGAAGACGCAUAUGGAAUGAAGUCCAUGUGAAUAUGACGCAUAUUUGGCUUCGUCUCUUAUAUAGCUAGGACAGCUAUUUCAUCCUUGAUAUGAUUCAAGGGAAGCUCCUGUUUUCUGAGCUUAUUUGUAGAUUAUUACUGCAAUAAACUAGUGAUACAUAUGUCAUCUGCUGGUGCUUGAAACACUAGUAUUUUUAUGGAAAUCUGGCGACUUUAUACAACAAGUUCUUCA